UGUCCGUUGUCUACGUUGACACGGAAACCAGGAAGUGUCCGUGGAAGUGGUGUGUUGGCAUUCUGGACCUGUUCUGUUCAAAGUGCGGCAAGAGUCUGUCUCUACUGUCAACUCGUGUCUUCAUCCAUCAGCGGGACGCGGCGUUCGUAAUGCAGAGACACCUCCAUUAAUAUUACAACGUCUGCAGAGAAAAGAGGUGUCACCUUUUUCAUUCUUCCUACAGUAGAUGGAAGAAACAGAUGACCUGGGCUUACGCUGAGGAGCGAAAAUGGGCAAGAAAGAUGCCAGUACCACCAAACUACCAGUGGACCAGUACAGGAAACAGAUUGGUAAGCAGGACUACAAAAAGACCAAAUCAGUCUUAAAGGCCACACGGCUUAAAGCUGAGGCAAAGAAGAAUUCCUCCGGAUUCAGGGAUGCCUUUCUUGUUGUUGCUGCAAUCGUCCUGUUUGUUCUCUGCCUUUAUGCUUUCUUCUACCUCAACCUGAGCACAGAAGUUGACCUGGAUCUGGACAUGGAUUAAUUCUCCUUGGACCGAGUCACUGAAAACAUUCUGCUUUCAACCCGAUGUCGUUGCCGUGUCUGUCGACAGCGAACAAAUCAAGCAUCUGAAUAUUUUUGAUAUCUGAUUUAGAAGUACUUUCAUUCCUGCAGUCAAUAAACUCUGGGACUAGCCCAACAUUAUAAAUAAUACUUUUCUUUCAGACACAGACUUUGACUCCCCCCUCUUUUUCUCCCUGACCUCCUAAUUUAUGACAACUCCUCCAUUCUGAAACAACACUGAGCCUCCUUUCACACAGGCUGCGGUGGAGACGCAGCUCCAUUAAAUCUUAUUCGGCGAGGUCACGUCCCACUGUUUUCUCCACUAAUAGAAAAAUGUAAAUCUCUCACAGACCCUCUCGUCACAUCAAGACAAACACUUGCCUCGCAUUCCGCUGCACAAACCUCUCUCCUCCAGGAUAGCCGCGGCUCACAAAGUGUGAGAUUAGAAUCCACAGAGCCCCGGCUCUGAUUGAACAUGUGUUCAGAAUACAGAGCCACACAUUGGAGCCGCCACACAUACAGUACACACAGCACUUAGUCACUUGUUGGCAGAAUUAGCAUUACAAACGCCAGGCUGUACUUUUCAUUUGAAUGGAAAUGACCGACGUGAGUGACUCGUGUUUCUCAGAAGAUCCUCUGUGAUGAUUGUCAAGGGUCCAGGAUACAAAGGUGGUCCUGGGUUUAUUUUCCCAAUCUUUGCACUUUGUGCACUUGUGCAUUCGUCGGCACAAUAUAGUAAUAAUAAUAAUAAUAAUAAUAACAUGAAUGAUGCGUUGUUUUGAUAAUUACCCCGUGUACGUUUAUGUAAAACAGACGACCAAAUACACAGGAGGCCUUGUGACUUCUCUCCUUGACAACAUGUUUUUUUCCACUAAUGUCGUCAGUGGCUGAUUGUGUUCAGGGGCUUGAAAUGUGAGACCGUUUUUUGAAUUUUCCCUUUCUCCCAUGACCUUGUGACCUCUAGUAAAAAGACGACAUGUCAAAGAAACCAUUAUGAUAAGCAUGAAGCCGUAUCCUUGGUGGCUUUUAUCAGACUGUGGUACAUCCAGACCCCCACACUUCCACAUAUGUAACAAUAGACAGCCUCUCCCCCUCUCCCCCCUCUCUCCCCCACUGUUGGACUUUCAUACCUGACACCUGUUAUCUUAAAGGUCACUCUUACCAAAUACAAGGGCUCAGACAUCAGUGCAGGGAAAAUAAUACUGCAGUAAAGGUCUGGCAACAUGAUAGCACACUGUUAGAAUAGUGAGUACUUUUAGUUUUAAAUUGAUUUGAAUAGUAAAUAGGUUUUGUUUUUAUUUCACUCAUUUCUUCCUGUUUUUGUAUUGAAUAUGUCAUAUGAGACUUGUUUGUUGUAAAGCAUUAAAGAACUGAGAUGGAAAAAAGUCCAAGUUGGAGAAAAUGUAA